AUGGCGGUGGAGAGCAGAGGCCAGCAGGCCAGACCUCCUGCAGGGAUCGAGGAGAUGACGAGGAUGGGCAUGGUGUCUGUGGCAGUGAUGAGACAGUCCCAGCCAAUACAGCGGAGGAUGGCUGCCACGUCACAGCUCUGGGGGGAGAGAACGAGGAGGGAGGAGGCUGGGAGGGGCAGCCGUGUGAAGAUGUGGAGAGCAGAGAAGCCUGGAGUGUCAGGGCUUGCAGAGGACCAUGCCUCCGAGGUCCCGGGCUGUUGCUACGUGAUGGCGCCAGCGGGCGUGGCUCGGACCGUCUCCUGCGAGGUGGCGGACUCGGCCAGCUGGCGGGUGGUGUCGGGGGCGGAGCAGCUGGUCAGCAGCGUUCUGAGGAUCCACGCUCCCGAUGGCAUGAAGAUCCCCUUCCCGCUGUCCAUUGCUGUACCUUUCACAGCCGGCCACAGGGGGAGCUAUAGAGACAUCCUCGUCAAAGUCAUUGACGGUGAUGGUCACACCAGCUACGUCAGCCCCAUAUCCCUGGAAGGCAGCUAUGGGGGGCAGAGGGGGUCGUUUGCAGAGGUCAAAGUGUACAAGCUGGGCGUGUUUGCGGUGGUGUCCUGCUUGCGGAAAGAGAACUUCACAGUCCCCAGAAAAGGACUCUCUCUGAAGCUCAGCAUGGACUCCAGGAUUUGCUUGGAUUAUUUACCCGGAACAUUCUCCUCUCCUGUCGUUGUUCAGUCAAUGAUUCAGCCAGUUGACGCCUCCCUCCUGUCGGUGCUGAAAUCUCGGGGUGAUGCCUACCACGGGGUGCUGUCCAGCAGUGCGCUGCUAUACCUGACCCACCCCUCCACCCUGACCUUCCGCAGGGCACCCACCCUCACCCUGCCCUGCCCCCCCAGCUCCGACCGUGACCGCAAGAGGGGUGCGGAGGAAGCAGACCACGCCCGCCCCAUGACCGCCGCCCCCGCCAGAGGCAGACCCGCUCACCAUGUGAGGGCUACCAGUGCUUCCGUUAAAAGUUCCAGGGAGGCGGGAAAUGAGCACCUGACAUUACUGGGGUACAAAGAUGACCAGUGGACCAUUCUAGAGGACACCGUGAUCAGGAACAUGCAAAAUGGGCUGGUGUCGUUUGAACUGACGGAGAAUCUGCAAAGGCUAAUAGUUCUGCGCCUCGCUUCCUCCGUGAGACCCUCGCACCUGAUUGGCCUGAUCGAGGAGCUGGAGAAUUACAUUCACUGCAGCAGGGUCUCCAUUGUCCUGCACUGUAAGAAGGACCUUCCCCAGCGGGCUGUGGUGGCACUGGUGCCCACUAAAGACCUGAGAUGGGAGUUGGGGGCGCUGAGGGGGGAGGGCUACAGUGGCCCCCCCGAUCCCGCAGGCGAGAUCUCCAUGCGUGAGGGCGAACGGCUCCUGCUGUCUUUCAGCGGAAACAUCACCUCGGCAGGGAAGACCAGUGGGGUGUCAGUGGCCGAGACGAUCACAUUCCACAGCCAGAGAAAGAACCGUCUGUUUCUGCGUGUAACCGAGGUGGACGAGUUUGGGAAUUACAGUUCUCCUCACUACAAAGGGACGGUCAUCUUUCACAGGGUGACCGAGGGUCAGCUGCCCAGGAGUGGAGACCCAGUCUGCAAACUCUCUGUAACACUGCCAAAGAAAGUGAGAUCUGUCAGCCGUCCUUUGAGUGCCAGAGUGACAUCAUGUGACCUCUCAGACUCGCUGUCGGAGGAGCUGCUGCUCUGGCUGUCGGAGGAGCUGACGGAGGAGGACGCCGCCCUGCUGGUGCUGUGCCUGCGUGUCCCUCGCAGUUCCAUCCAGAUUGUGAAGCUAAAGGUUCCGGAAAGCCUCCCCGACCAGGUGUUCCAGCUCCUCACCCUGUGGAGGAGAAACCUGCCCACCUCUGUGGACAAGACCCAGCUGCUCUCCCGCUACCUGUGCAGGUGUGGUAGGCCCGACCUGGCAAAGGAGCUCCUGGACCAGCGGCCCGGCUCCAGGGCCUACACUGCCCUCACCUGA